ACUUCCUCUGUCAUUUCUCUACAGUUUACUCCACAGGGCUUAUUGUUCUCACAAAUCCAGUGAACAAACCCUUAUAAAGCUCCACAGCCCAAGGUCUGUGUCUCUCAUCUGGAUGUUUCACCAGCUGUGGUCCUUGACCUGGCCAGUUCUAAAUCACCAGUCUCCUGCUGAAGCCAGGAGGUUGCCACAAGGGAGAAUGCCAGCUGGAGGUGUAGGCAGCAUGGAAGCCAACAUUUCAACUCCUCCAUAUAAAUCUGAAGAGAUGCUCCAUGUGUUUGCUGUAUACAUUGUUCUGUUUAUAAUACCAACGGUGUUACUCUCAGUUACCUUUGUCCUCGGUGUGCUGGGCAAUGGGCUGGUGAUCUGGGUGGCUGGGUUCCGGAUGGCACACACAGUCACCACCAUCUGUUACCUGAACCUGGCCUUUGCUGACUUCUCCUUCAGUGUUGCUCUACCUUUCCUCAUUGUCUCCGGGGCCAUGGGAGGACGUUGGCCCUUUGGCUGGUUCCUCUGCAAGUUCAUUAACAUCAUGAUGGGCAUAAACCAAUAUGGAAGCAUCUUUCUGAUUGCUGUCAUCGCUCUGGACCGUUGUAUUUGUGUCCUGUAUCCAGUGUGGAUCCAGAACCACCGCAGUGUCAGUCUUGCCAAAAAAGUGAUCAUUGGACCCUGGAUUCUUGCUGUAAUCUUUUCUUUGCCAGCUUGCAUCUUCUCAAAUACAAGAAAUGAUCAAGGGAAUGUAUACUGUUUUGAAACCUUUGAAGCUUUGGGAUCCACGAAAGAAGAACAGAUAAAGGCACUAAAUGCAAUAAUGCUACCUAUGGGGAUUGUUCAAUUCAUUAUUGGCUUCUGUAUGCCCAUGUCCACCAUGUUUAUCUGUUAUGGGUUAAUAGCUGCAAAGAUUCAUGGAAUAGGCAUGAUGAAAUCCAGCCGUUCCUUUUGGGUCCUCACUGCUGUUGUGGCUUCCUUCUUUAUCUGCUGGUUUCCCAUUCAACUGAUUUUUCUUCUUUUGAAAGUCUGGUUCAAAGAGCAUGAAAUAUAUCAAGAUAAGAUAAAGGUAUUACUGUUACUGUUGCCUUUAACAGCGUCCCUGGCCUGCUUCAACAGCUGUCUUAACCCAAUACUCUAUGUGUUUGUGGGUCGGGACUUCCGAGAGAGACUGAUCCGCUCCCUGCCCCUCACACUGGAGAGGGCCCUGAGGGAGGACUUUGUCCAGACCAUUGACACAGCCACCAAUUUGGGGGCUCCUCCUGCAGAGGGAGCAGUAACAGCAAUGUGAGACGGGGCUUAGGCUUGUCUCUCAUCCUAUCCUAAUCCCACCUCCAGCUUUAUUUCAUCUUGAGCUAUGCCCUUGAAUAAUUGCUUUGGAAAAUUAAUUAUAUGUCCUCUGAUUUGUGGGAAAUAGGUAACAGGCUUUAUUGGUGUCAUUUUUGUUUUGUUUUGACCUAAGUGUGUUUUUUUGCUUUUGUUUUUGGUACCGGUAUUCUAACUCAGGACCUUGCACUUGCCAGGCAGGUGCUUGUGCCACUGAGCUAUAUCCCUUGCCCAUGACCUAAGUGUGUAUCCUGACCUAAGUGAAGGUGGGGAAAGAAUACAAGGAAAAAUGAAUGCUGUGGCCUUCUUGACUUAGAAAAAUCAUGUAAAUUAAAGAUAAAACAAUUUCACCAUUAGAUAAAAUUCUUGCU